UAGCAGCAGUUCAGCGCAACGCAGGGGUUUCCAUUCAGUCCGCAGCCAGCGGGAGCCGCCGGGACAGAGAGCGCCGUACGCAGCGACCGCGGGGAGCGGAGUCACUCUCUGCUCUCUCUCUGGGGAGCGGUGCUUUCCCCUCCGAACAUGGUCCACGUCUUCCACUAACCCCCGUGCAGUGCUGCCGCUGCGGCUCUCCCUGGACCCCUUUUUCAGCGCUCCUCUGUGAUUUUGCUCAAGGGAUUAAAAGACUGACUGGAAUCCGCUGCUGAAGAUCCCUGGUGUAAAGAUGGAGGAGGGAUACGAACUCGACCUGACCUACGUGACGGAGCGCAUCAUCGCCGUGUCCUUCCCCAGAGCGUGCUCAGAGGAGACCUACCAGCGCAACCUGCAGGAGGUCACCCGCAUGCUCAAAUCCAAACACACCAACAACUACCUGGUUAUCAACCUCUCAGGAAAGAGACAUGACCUCACUAAAAUGAACCCAAAGACCAUGGACAUGGGCUGGCCUGACCUUCACGCCCCGCCUCUGGAUAAGAUCUGCUCCAUCUGCAAAGCCAUGGAGAACUGGCUCAACGCCGACCCCCAGCACGUGGUGGUCAUCCACUGUCGGGGUGGAAAAGGCAGGAUUGGAGUCAUCAUUUCAUCCUUUGUCAAUUUCACCAACAUAUCAGCCAGUGCUGGUGAGGCCCUGGACCGCUUCGCCAUGAGGAAGUUCUACGACGAUAAGGUCUCAGCUUUAAUGACGCCAUCACAGAAGAGAUAUGUGUGGAUCCUAAAUAGCCUGCUGACGGGAUCUGUGAAAAUGAAUGCCUCUCCCCUCUUCCUGCACUGUGUCAUUCUGCAUGGGAUACCAGACUUCGACACUGGAGGAGCGUGCCGGCCGUAUUUGAAGGUCUACCAGGCGAUGCAGGUGGUGUACACCUCAGGAACUUACCAGAUUGGACCAGGGCACAGAAACAGGAUAUACAUCACCCUGGAGCCAGCCCAGCUGCUCAAAGGUGACAUCAUGCUAAAGUGUUACCAUAAAGGCCCUCACGCAGCCAGUCGGGAGCUUGUUUUCCGGCUCCAGUUUCACACGGGCACAGUCCAAGGCUACAAUCUCAUUUUUGAGAAAGAGGACCUUGAAACUGCCAACAGAGACUCCAGGUUUCCGGAUUAUGGGAAGAUCGAGCUGGUGCUUUCAGAGAGUCCUGAGAGGAUACAGGGCUCGGAUCGCUGGCAGAAUGGGCCGGACAUCACUGUGGACUGUGAACCUGCAGAACCAAUGACCCGCUGGGACUCCUACCAAAACCUGGACUCUGACGAGGAAGGUCUGCCGUGUACUGCGCGAACACACACCUUCCCCAGUGCUAGGCGGCUGGAGGCAAGGCUGUGGGAGGCCAGUGUGUCACACGGGGCAGAGAACGCCAGCCUCUUCCUUCCUCCUCACGCUCUGUGUCCCAACGUCCCGUCACACAGAGGCAAGAGGCGCAGAGCGCACCACACCUGCGGGGAACGAGGAGUGCUGCACGCUCAGGGGUCCGAGGACUGCGGCCCACACGUCAAAGGCAGGCAGAAGAGCCUGGAGAGAGCGCCGGCGCCGGUGGCCGUGGCUGGGAGGACGGACCACGGCGACCACACCCUAUCUGCCAGCAGUGACUCGGGGCUGUCUAGCGCCUCGGCGUGGACCGGCCGACCCUCCGGGACGCAGCGGGGGCCCAGCAGGCAGGAGCAGGCCGACCUGAAGAGGCUCCUGAGUGGGUUUGGGCUGGAGGGCCAGGCCCCCUGCGGGGGGAUGUCGGGGGACCUGGCUGCUGGGGGGCUCCGGCGGGCCGCCCCGGGCCAGCUGCAUGUCAAUGGAGAGACGGGGCCGAGGGAGCGGGAGACAGACAUUCUGGACGACGAGGUCCCCGUCCACGACCUGCACAGCGUGGACAGCAUCGGCACCCUCUCGUCCUCCGAGGACCGCCACUUCGGCGGCCACAAGGGCAGCCAGAACUCCCUGCUGUCGGACGAGUUUGGGAGCCAGGCCGGAGAGGAGCAGCACGUCGCCUCGCCCCCUGACCCCGGAGCCGGGCCAGAGGAGUACGAGCGCGCCUUCAGCGUGGCCAAACAGAUGACUGUCCCCAUCCCCCGAGCGACCCAGCCCCUGGCCUUCGGACAGAGCGGCUACUCCACACAGACCUGGGUCCGUCAGCAGCAGAUGGUGGCCGCCGAGCAGUACAGGUAUCUGAGCCCCGAGGCCGACGCUCGGCUCUCUGCAGACAAGCGGGACGACCAUCCCAGGCUGCCCGCAGUUCCGGACGGACCCACUAGAGGGAGCUGCAGCAGAGACACUUUGCAGAGGACUGGCGGCGCAUUGCGCAAGGAGCCCGUCGGCUUGGGCUCGACCAGCAGAGAGGAGGAAUUUGCCGCUCUCACCGUGGACAUUGACCAGUCCAUCGACCAGCUCAACCAGUUGAUCAUGGACCUGGACCCUACGUUCGUGCCCCUCCCAACUCGGUCAAACUCGGUCAAGAGAGAUGGCGGGGGUCACCUGGCCAAGUCGAUCACGCCUUGCACCAAUGGAUUGGGUAGCAGACCUGUAGAUAUCAAUGGAACAGUAAUGCAAAAAACCCACCAGUCAGCCAUCCCACCUGGUGAUGUCAGAGUGGAGAGAUCCCACAGCCUGAGUCGGCAGGGAAGUGAUGUCACAGACUGCGCUGGAUUCCGCCCCCCGGGCUGGGGUCUGGCGGAGGAGUUCCUGAACUCGCCCGUCUACACGCCCGACCUGCCGCCCUCUCAGCGGGGUGUCCUGUACAGGAGUGACAGUUUGGGGUACAGGGGGCAGGUAGAGGAGCUGGAUGGCAGAGUGGCAGCUGGCAGCGAGAUGGUUCCCCCCACCCCUGCUUUCCCCAUCUCUCCCCCAACGCCCUACGUGAAAAGCCUGUCUGAGUUCCCACACACCAGCGGCUUGCCCCAGGCCAGCAGCCAAUGUGGAGCCUACAGAACCCAGCUUGAGUCCAGAGGUUAUCCAGAGGGCAUCAGUCAUGCCCCAGUGUCCUCAGAUGGGGGUCUGUACCGCUCUGGCAUGUCCAUGACAUCCUCCACCUGCCAGAGACCACCGGGACCAGUGCGCUCCAUGUCGACUGGCGGUCUACGAACAGAGAGUCCCUCUUCGGGACAGUCCUGGGUAGAGGGGGGCGUGAGGACCCCCUUGAGCCGGCAGUCCUCCCUCACAGGCUCUGUGGAUUCGUCCCGGCAGUCCCCACCCCUGCCGCAGCCCGGUCCCCUCGGCCACAGCUCCCCCAGGGGGUCCCAGAGGGGCGGCGGAUACGGCCUCAGCCACUGCGCGGGGGCGAGCUUCGAGGAUCGGGAUGCUCCUGCCUCGGCCUUGGGGAACGGGGUACUAGAGGCGGGCCCGGGAGCUCAGCCGCCCCUCCCAGAGAAACGGAGGGUGUCCGAGGGUGAGCGGUCGCUGAGCUCCCUGGGCUCCACCUCGCCCUCUUUCAGCGGGUUCUCCAGCCCUCACGGAGGGAGCAAUCCCAGCAUCCCCUUCCCCAGCGUCCUGCCUGACGCCCCCUCCCGGGCCCUCAGCACCCCCUCGCCCCUCCCAGAUGUGCUUGGCUGUAAGCAGGCCACUGUGAAAUUUGUGCAGGACACGUCAAAAUAUUGGUACAAGCCAGAUAUCUCGCGGGAUCAAGCCAUCGCUGUCCUCAAGGACAAGGAACCAGGCUGCUUCAUUGUUCGGGACAGUCACUCCUUCCGGGGUGCCUACGGAUUGGCCAUGAAGGUGGCCACGCCCCCUCCCUCUGUCCUGCAGAGCAAGAAAGGUGGAGACCUGUCCAAUGAGCUGGUCAGACACUUCCUGAUCGAGUGCACUCCCAAAGGAGUUCGACUGAAGGGCUGCCCUAAUGAACCCUACUUUGGCAGCCUCACGGCCCUGGUGUGUCAGCAUUCCAUCACUCCUCUGGCGCUGCCCUGCAAGCUCAUCAUCCCAGACACAGAUCCUCUAGAAGACCUCAGAGAGUCUCCCACGCUGUCCUCCACCAACUCUGCAGCUGAGCUCCUCAAACAGGGAGCUGCCUGUAACGUGUGGUAUUUGGGCUCCAUGGAGAUGGAGUCCCUGACCGGCUACCAGGCCAUCCAGAAGGCCACCAGCGUGACUCUGAGCAUGGACCCUCCCCCAACCUCGACGGUGGUCCACUUCAAGGUGUCCGCCCAGGGAAUCACCCUCACUGACAACCAGCGCAAACUUUUCUUCAGAAGACAUUACGCGGUCAACACAGUAAUAUUCUGCGCCUUGGACCCUCACGAGAGGAAAUGGACGAGGGACACCAACUCCUGUGCAAAGAUAUUUGGGUUUAUAGCACGUAAGUCGGGCAGUGCCAGGGACAACGUGUGCCACCUGUUCGCCGAGCACGACCCCGAGCAGCCAGCCAGCGCCAUCGUCAACUUCGUCUCCAAGGUGAUGAUUGGCUCCCAGAAGAGCAAAUAGACCUGGGCUGGUGGCAUAGUGGUCCCUCCUCCCCCUUCUGACGGAAAAGGGAACUGCACAGCAUCUAUCUGGAUUCACUCCCGAGUGUCACAGUUAUCGCCUCAUCUCUGAGGGGGACAGUGAGGCAUUAACAGCCACUGCCAAAAGAGCCCCAAAGGUGAAUGGUGGGAAAAUGACUGGAUUACAAGUGUCAUCAUGAAAUGGUGCGACAGCUCCCCCUCAUGGGAGCUCGGGAGAUUACAGGGCCGUGUAAGACGCGUAUUUAUUUUCCCUGAUUUUCUUUGAAUCACUUAAUCUGCCCUGAUGCCUGCAUUUCAGGUCCUUGAAGGUUUACAGUGUUACAUAUGUGCCGUGGCUGCACGUCACUCGCGUUGUGACAAACCCCCUGCUCGAGAUGCAACGGGCUCAAAACAGGGACUCGAAUGUGGGUGAAUAUUGGCCCCAAUGCAGUCCACACCCUGUGAUGUCACUAACUCCAUUCCAGAGUGCUGCGUAGAGACCUCACAGGUGUAUUAUGAACAUGUGGAAAGCUUGCUUUAUGUGAGAUAUGGUUAACCCGGGUACACAGAAAUAAAAAGUGCCUUCUGAGUAUCACCAAACUGCCUAUGUUUCCUUCAGGAACAGUGCCAGCAAAUGUUUGGUCAAUCCAAAAGAAGAAGCUAAAUCACUUCUG